GGGUGUGUGUUGUGUCAGUAGAUUCGUCAAAUACAAUAAAAUUGUGAUUGGUUUUUGAAGUUUCAAUUCAAUUUAUUAUUUUUUUAUUUACAUGUUUCUUUCUAAAGUUCAAUAUAUAAUUGAAUUUGAUAGUAAUUUUAAGAAAUAUGAAGCAGGAAAUAUUCCUAAAAACAUAUUAAAUAAUAGCUGUUGUAUUAAUCAGUGGACAGAGAUUAGAUCCGAGUGUGUUCUUCUGUUCUGUGGGUGAAUCACUUUCAAAUAAAGAAAUCAAGUUUUUUUUUUUAACAUGGAAGCUGACCAAGAUUCUAGGCAAAAGGUAUCCGCUAUUGCAGAGUAUGAUUACGUGGCAAAAGAAAAUGAUGAAAUCGAUCUUCUAAAAGGCCAAAUAAUACAAGACAUAAUCAAAAAAUCUGGUGGUUGGUGGGAAGGGACGGUUGCUUCAACAGGAAAACGAGGCAUGUUUCCUGAUAAUUUUGUACGAGUUAUUGAAGAUGUUGAAAAUGUUAUGGUUGUUCCAAGGGAACAAUCACAUCCCGCCCGCCAACGAUGUAAAGCCAUUUAUAGUUAUACACGGGUUAACGAAGACGAGUUAUGCUUAGCGGUUGGGGACAUUAUUGACUUCUUGACAGAGGUUGAAGAAGGUUGGUGGAGGGGCAAAUUAAAUAAUAAAGUUGGACUUUUUCCAUCAAAUUUUGUUGUUACAAUACCAAAUUCGCCAAUGUUCUCAACCCAACCACCAAAUUUCAAUGAAGACGAAAAAGUGAAAAAAAGUAAACCAAUAAAAGGCUCAAGUGACAUCAACAAGAAUGAAACUUGUUCAGAAGAGAUUUCUAUUAGUAAUUCAAUAAAAGAUACAGUACUAAAUAAAUCUUCGGAUGAUUAUAGUGCACCCGAUUUGCCACCUAGACCUAAUAAAGAGUAUUGCCGUGUAGAAUUUCCUUAUAGUCCACAGAAUGAUGAUGAACUUGAGCUGGUUAUUGGACAAAUUAUAACAAUAGUUGAUAAGGAUCUACCCGAUAAAGGUUGGUGGAAAGGUGAAGUCAAUAAGAAAAUUGGUGUUUUUCCGGAUAAUUUCGUAAAACUAUUGCCUCUUGACGUGCCACUGGAAAAGGACGUUUCAAUACCACAUUCCAAAUCAAUUGCUAAAGAAACAACUAAAAAGGGUAACAGCUCUAUCGUUUCUUCCAUAAUUCCCCCUGCUAAAGGAUUUGAACGAAAAGAUGAAGCAGUUUCAAAUAAGAAAGAAACUCAAUCUAGACAUAAGGCUGCCCAAAAAAUGUCAUUAGAAAACAUAAACAUUGAACUCACAACGCAAUCCACAUUCCAAGAUUCAAAAACAACUAUUUCAAAAGUUGAUGACAAAAAAGUACCACCCCCUCUUCCCACUAAAAAGCCACUUAUUCCUGGUAAAAAGACUUUAACAAAUGUCACUGGCAGCGUGUUUUCCGGCUUAAGACAAAAAGUAAAAAGCCUGGAACAACAGUCAACGUCAUAUCAAGAUGUGAGCGAUGGCAAUAUACUACAAAGUAAUAACGUUUAUAAUGAAACGAGAACCAACAAUGAAAGAAUAGAAAGUCUUGAUGAGAAUCUACUUGAUGACAGUGAGUUUGAUAAAGUACAACGUGCGUCAAUUCUUUUAGAUAUGAGAGCCGGGCGUGUAAAAGCUCCAAAACGAAGACCUCCUUCAGUAUCAACUAGCUUAAUGACGAAAAGUAUUUAUAAAAAUUCUAAUUUAAAUAUCGAAAGCGAUGAAGUAUUCCAUGAAUCAGAAACUGUAUUAAUAAACAACGAUAAAGAACAAGUUAAACAUUAUGGAGCGCAGAAAGUUCCAUGGAUGGAUGAAUUAAAAGCAAGUCAAAUAAAAAUGAGAUCAAUACCUUACAUUGAACCCCGAACAACACUUGUAAAUAUAAACAACGGGAUUAAAACUGAAGAUGAAAAACCUAGCGUCUCAGUUAUUACCAAUGUAAGUACGAAAAUAAUAAAUGUAGACAGCGAAGUGUCUUUGUCUAGAGGAGAAAAAAUUGAAACGAAAUCAUCAUAUACUUCAUUUGAUCAAUCUUCGUCUUCGUCAAAGGAGAAAAAAAUUGAAAGUGAAGUUGAGAUGAGCAAAUCAAUAUCGGAAAUUAACAUAGAUAAGGUAUUAUUAAAGGAUAAGUUGGAUGACUUUAACGAAACAAAUCCACCAAAAAGUCUGCAUUCCAAAACUAAUGUUAAGCGUGUGAAAACAACAGAAGAACCCACUGAAAUAGUAGAUUCAGCUAAUGUAGAAGGAACAACCAUUAUUAAGUUAUCACAACGUCUUCAAAAGCUAGAAGCGACUGUUCAGAUGCAACAAGAUCUUAUUGAAGAUCUUAAAAAAAUGUUACAUAACGAAUCAAAUCGGGUAGAGUUACUUAAAAAUCAAUUAGAUAAAUAUGCACAAUGUGUAACACAAGUGUAGGGUAAGGUCGAGUUAUUAUGGCACCAGAGUGAUAUGGCAAAACAUUCAAUAUUUCCCACUUAUAAAUCCUAUUUAUAUUCAUUUACAUAUGCUUUAAAUCUCGACUGAUAAAAUUAAUGCCAGACAAGUUCUUAUAAUGUUUGUAGGACUCUCCUACGAACACAAAAAAAUAUAUUUUGGUUCUAGUUUUGUUUUAUUUUUAUUUCAAUAUUGCGAGCAUAUUAUUCAUAAAAAUUGGUUAAUAUCAAAACUAAACUAGUUUAGAAGUUGCACAUUUAAAAACAUAUUGUUAAUAUUCUCAAGGAUUCCAAUUUUUAGAUAUCAAAACUCCCGAAAAUAAUUGCCAUCUUGUGAAACAAAACAGAGUCAACAUCUAAUAAUUUGGCUGUAUUGAAGUACUUAAGCGUUAAGGCAUUCAAAAAUUAACGAAUAAAUGUAACGGUCGAAAGUCGAUCUUAAAUAAAAAGCCGAAACUUAUUUAAUGCAUUAUCUCAAAGAAAACAUAUGAAAAGUAGGGGGUAAUUUUUGUAUGGGAAAACUGUUUCAGUACAAUGUUGAUGUGAUUUACAAAUGUUCAUUUAACUUUAACCUCAAGAGACUUCUUUUCUAAGGCUCAAUUUUUUCACAUUCCAUUUAAUUAAAAGUCGCCAUUUAAGAAGGGAAUAAAAUUGUCAAACGACAACCUAAAUUUUGGGGUUAUAUGAAUGGAUAUGGGAAGUAGAUUUUCCCGACUAUCUGGUGCUGGGCCAGGUGUCUGAGUGAGUUAGUGCAUCGUUUUCGUUGCACUGUCUGCCAGGACAAGAUGUUUGGGGUUCUUUCUCAAUUUGUAGUGAUUUGUGAAGAUCUCUGUUUUUAUUCUCAGGUUGUUUCUGCUCAGUUGGAUACAGGCGCCCUGCUGCGCUGUGACGCCUACUUUCGCUAAAUAGUCUGCUACUUUCUUUCUCUGAACUUCAACAUGUCUAGAAAGCCGUAGAGUAGUUUGCCUCGCCAAUUUCGUUUAGCUUCUAUACAAGUUUGGAGCUAAUGGCAUAGGAGUUUAUUAUUUUGAGUUCGGCUAUCUGACAUGAGCUUGAUAUGGUUCGUUUGGUUGUGUUGGGUUAGUGGUUGGUUUUUGUGGUUAAAGGCGGUUGGAUCGUUACCUUGAUGAUAUUUUUUUGCAUCUUCAUCUUGCGUUAUUUGUUUUUUUGGGACCAAUAACGGAGAUUAUCCCGAACUUAAAGAGUGGUUGUGUCAAUUUUGACCACAAGCAAAUCACAUUCCGCCUUGCUCUUAAUGACUUUCCUUUAUUUUGAGCUUGAAUAAAGAGCAAGGAUUUCUGGUCCUCCUUAUCCUUAAUUCUUCGAAGGAAUGCCGUAAUUGGAAUGCUAUGAAUCAAGCUGCAACCAGAGCAAUACCCUUAUAAGUGCUAAUUUUUGCUGCUCUUUCUGCUGUUUGCUGUCUACAACAGCAGGCUGGUCUUAAAGUGAAGUCCAUUAAACUGUAGGUUGUGUUUCCAGCCCAAAGAUAUUUCCUCACCUCUUGCCUUUGUGGUAUGGUGACUUUAAAGAUGGGGUAUUUCCAUUCCUAAUGCCAUCUUUGGCUUUGGCUAAAUCUCUUGCUUGACCGUGAGGUAUUCUCUCUUGGCUAGUAGUGUAGUUUGAGUAGCAUUAUCCUCUUUGGCACUUUGGAAGUGCUCUUAAAUUAUUUUCUAUAAAAUUCGGAGUUUGUGAAAAAUGAUAUCACUAGCCCCGAAUGCAUAGAAAGUUUGAGAGAUUUUGUACGAAUAGUUUUCAAUUCAAAGAUAGACAUAACAGUUAAAUCUUUGGAAUCGAAUUCAUGCUAGGAUUGUUAAGGGUUUGACCCAUGUAAUCUGCCUCGUAUUCGUAGCGGAACUUUACAUUCGGAACUUUGAUAUAAAGGUGAUUUUCUAAGAUACAUAAACUCUAUGAAACAUAAGAAAAACUUUCAUAUCACAGUUUUCAAUUUAAAUAUUUGUUCUUUCACAUUUUACCACACUAUAAUCAGUGUGAAAGCCGACUUCGCAAAUUUUCAUAUUUUACACAUAUUCCUUUUUCGGUUUUGAUUCUAGAUUUAUUCUUUGGUAGUGGAUUUUUAUUCUUGAUUUAAAGAUUGUUCUUAAAGCAAAUGCUCGUACUUUUCACCACUUUAAUAUGAGUAUUACAAUAAUUCAAAUAGUGCAUAAACUAGUUUUGGUUUUGUUUAAAAUUUCUUUUUCUAAGUUGUGUAUAUUGUCAAAAACAAAGCUGUGUGCCAUAUCUCUCGAUUUUACCCUAAAUAUACAUACAAAUAUAACUUUAAUGUUCCCAGCCAUCUUAAAUUAUUAAUAAAAAAAACUUUUACAUUUUCAUUUUAUGUUACUUACUACUAUAUUUACACACCCGAUUUCAUGAACGUAAAUUCGGCCACAAUAGUUAGAUUAUCUUUUUUUUUUCUACCAAAGACUAUCUGUUUUUCUCACUUUUUACUUUCAACAUUGCAUGCGCGAGUUUAAAAAAGUUCGUUCUAUAAAUUAUUCAAAUUUCAUAAUUCAAUUUUAUUUCGGUUGUGAUGCGGUAAAUUUACAUUAAUGAACUCGGGGACCUUCUAUCUAAGUGGCUAUAAUGUAUUUUCAAAAUCAAACAAAUGCAAUUUGUAAGUACAUCAUGAUAACAAUUUUCUUAUAUUUUUGGAACUUGAAUGCUUUAAGCUUUAAAAUAAUAAAUCAUGUAUUCUAAUUAUUAUAAAAUUAUUAUAGCUAUCCAAAACUACCUCCUCUAUUUAACUCAACAACCUUAUUAGUUGUGUCUCAAUUAAAUUGAACAUCUAUUUACAGUCAGUCUUAGUCAUAUUAUGUACACCACAAUCUUUUGAAUUGAAUUUUUUUACUCAGAAUGUGAAAUGACUACUUUUUAUUUAAAAAAAAUAUCAGUUUUAUUUGGUAAACGUAAUUUUGGUAGUUCUUAAAAUAAAAACGAAAUUAUUUUUUGUUAAAAUAUAAAACCAAUUACGAAACUGUUCUAUAUAAUAUACUUUCAUAUUUAUAGGUAAUUGUAUAGUAGCUUUUAAUAUAUUUUAUUUUGUUUGUCAAAAUAAUUUUCUUUAAAAAAAAUAAAUUCUAUUAAUUUUGCUCAAUCAA